GUCCCCGCCUCUCAAGCAUUCGGCAGGCUGCCUUGCGCGGUCCUCCUCCUUCCUUUCCUUCUCUCUCCCUUCUUUCUUUCCUUCCUUCCUUCCGCCGGGCGCAAUGGAGCCAGGGCGCCGGGCGGCCGCGGCGCUGCUGGCGCUGCUGUGUGCAGGCUGUGCGUUGCGCGUCGGGCGCGCCCAGUACGAACGCUACAGUUUUCGCAGCUUCCCGCGGGACGAGCUGAUGCCACUGGAGUCGGCCUACCGGCACGCGCUGGACCAGUAUAGCGGCGAGCACUGGGCUGAGAGCGUGGGCUACUUGGAGAUCAGCCUGCGGCUGCACCGCCUACUGCGCGACAGCGAGGCCUUCUGCCACCGCAACUGCAGCUCGGUGCCCCAGCCGGAGCCCGCCGCCGACCUCGCGCGCUACCCAGAGCUGCGCCUCUUCGGGGGCCUGCUGCGCCGCGCGCACUGCCUCAAGCGCUGCAAGCAAGGCCUGCCGGCCUUCCGCCAGUCGCAGCCCAGCCGCGAAGUGCUGGCCGACUUCCAGCGCCGAGAACCUUACAAGUUUCUGCAGUUCGCCUACUUCAAGGCAAAUAAUCUCCCGAAGGCCAUUGCAGCAGCUCACACCUUUCUCCUGAAGCAUCCUGAUGACGAAAUGAUGAAGAGAAACAUGGCGUAUUACAAGAGCCUGCCAGGUGCCGAGGACUACAUCAAAGACUUGGAAACCAAAUCCUACGAGAGUCUGUUCAUCCGAGCUGUGCGUGCCUACAAUGGUGAGAACUGGAGGACAUCCAUCACAGACAUGGAGCUGGCCCUUCCUGAUUUCUUCAAAGCCUUUUAUGAAUGCCUCGCAGCCUGCGAGGGUUCCAGGGAGAUCAAGGACUUCAAAGAUUUCUACCUUUCCAUAGCAGAUCAUUACGUAGAAGUUCUGGAAUGCAAAAUACAGUGUGAAGAGAACCUGACCCCAGUUAUAGGAGGCUAUCCGGUGGAGAAAUUUGUUGCUACCAUGUAUCAUUAUUUGCAGUUCGCUUAUUAUAAGUUGAGUGACCUGAAGAAUGCAGCCCCCUGUGCGGUCAGCUAUCUGCUCUUUGACCCGAAUGACAAGGUCAUGCAGCAGAACCUGGUGUACUACCAGUUCCACAGGGACAAGUGGGGCCUCUCGGAUGAGCAUUUCCAGCCCAGACCAGAAGCGGUUCAGUUCUUUAAUGUGACUACGCUCCAGAAAGAGCUGUAUGACUUUGCUAAGGAAAAUAUCAUGGAUGAUGAUGAGGGAGAGGUUGUGGAAUAUGUGGAUGACCUCUUGGAACUGGAGGAGACCGGCUAGUCCCCAGCAACCAAAGAGACUUCCCCUCAAAGUUCAGGAAACAGAUUCUUUGCCCUCCUUUUCCCAAAAGCCAGAUUUUUGAUACCUCAAAGUCUUCCCUUUACAAAGUAAAAGGGAAGCCCCCAUCUCUUUCACUACAUAUAACCAGGGGUGAGCCUGUCUUCUGUGUUCACACCUCUCUUCCCCAUGUUCACACCUUCUUCCCUUCUUCACACUUGUCUUCUCCAUGUUCACACCUCUCUUCCCCAUGUUCACACCUUCUUCCCUUCUUCACACUUGUCUUCUCCAUGUUCACACCUGUCUUCCCAUGUUCACACCUGUCUUCCCAUGUUCACACCUGUCUUCCCUGUGUUUGUAUCUGUUUUCUCCUGUUCAUACAUGCCUUUCUCACUUUUGACUGGAAGGACAGUUUUCCAUGUUAUUUUUUUUUCCCCCGAAAAAAACUCAGUAUUAUUUUUUAAAAUAAGAAAAACACUCCUAAAGGAUGAUAAUUGCGUAAACUCCUUUUGGUCCCUUUGCUCUUCCAGACUUCAGUCUCUUUUCUCCUAUCCGGGAAAGGUGGAAGUAGACAGAGGCUACAUUUCUGCAAACCUCAUGAUGGUCUUCACUUGGUCUGGCCUGUACCACUUCUUGCACCUAUUGAAAAACAAGUUGGGUGGAUGUACAGAAUACAGAAAUGUGGCUUUUCCCCAACACUUUUCAACCUCCAAAAUCUUAUAGGGAUCAGCCAGUCUCUUUUGAGAACAAUUCUCAGUUAUGAGUCUUAGAGUUGGAAAUGGAAGAAAGCCAGAGAGUCUGGUUUCAUUCAUUCUUUCAAUUAAUAUUCGUUGAAUAUCUGCUGUUGCGAGGCAUUGACCUGGGUACCAGUGAUACUGCAAAGAGUAAUAGGGAAAGAAAAAAAAAUUCCCAGUCUCACAGAGCCUACAUUCUAUGGGGUCAAGGAAGACAGCGAGCCAGCAGGAAUAAAUGUACACGUGGUUUCAGAUGGUGAUGAUUGCUGUGGAAAAAAAAUAAAGCAAGAAAGAGGGUAAGGAGUCCUGGAGGUGAGCCUGCAGUGUGCUCUGGGUGGCUCACCUAGGAGGUGAGGUUACAACAGGGGCCUUAGGGCAGCUGGUCUGGGCAGAGGAAGGAGCAGGACAUGCAGUGCUUGGAAGGGGGAUGUGCUUGGUGGGAACCACAGGGAGGCCAGGCAGAGGCAUGGGCCAGGGAAGAGCAGAAGGCAAUAAGACCAGACAGGUAUAUGGAUGGGGGUCCAGAACAGGUGGUGUAGGGCCUUAGUGGCCUGUGCAGGGCCUUUGGCUUGUACUGAGUAAGGCAGGGGUCUUUGGGAAGUUUGAGUGUCUUGACUGACUCCUCAAGUGUUGCGCUAGCUCCCAUAUUGUAGGAAACGUGAUCCUGCCUGGGGUGGGAGCAAGGAGACCCGUGAGGAGAUACUGCAAGAUCGCGCAGGCCUGGAUCUGGGGCCACAGCAGUGGCAGUGGUGAAAAGUCAUCAGAAUCUAGAUUUAUUUUGAAAGCAGAGCCUGUGGGAUUUGCUGACAGGUUGGAUUGGAGUGUAAGAGAGAGGAUUAAGGGUGACAUCAAGGUUUGGGGCCUCAAUGAAGGGAAGGAUGGAGUUAGCAUUUACUGAAAUAGGGAAGACUUGGUAGCGGGGAGGAAGGGAUUUGGGGCCAAGCCUGUGGUUUGAGAUUGGGGUGUGAGGUCCAGGCUGCAAACUGAAUUGGAGGGUUUUCUGAGGUCAGAUCCCCAGCAGAGCUGGAGACAGAGAUGUCACAUGAGCACACAUUGUUUUCUGUGGGGGUGCUCUUAGGAGAAACCUGGGACAGUCAGUUGUUGGUUGUGGGAAGUCCCCUGGGGUAUAGAAAUCUUUGAAGGCAAGUAGCUUCAGCUGAGGGCAGUUCUUUGGAAAAGGGCUGUGGGCCACCAGUAGCCAACAUGUUUAGUCGGGUCCUGGGUUCAACUGUGAGGGAUCUGGGAGGAGCGUUGACUGACAAAUUAUCAGCAUGGCAAUAGCACCUGAAGCCAAGAGGCUCCCUGGGGCCACCUAGAUUCUAUGUAUUUGUUAAGAAUCAACAAGAGUACAGGGCUCUUUAGGAAAUGAGGAAUCAGCCAAAGAGACUGAGUUGUGGGUCAGAAGGCCAGGAAAGUGUGACGUUCUGGAAACAACUUUCUUUAUUAGAAUUUAUUCCUUCUUUCAAAUAAACUACUUUUCUAGUGGAAACCAGGGGCCCUUAACUACUGAGCCACAUCCCCAGCCCUUUUUAUUUUUUAUUUUGAGACAGGGUCUCACUAAGUUGUUUAGGACCUCAGUAAGUGAGUUGCUGAGGCUGGCCUUGAACUUGUGAUCCUCCUGCCUCAGCUUCCCAACUCCCUGGACUUAUAGGCACCCCACUGGGAGACAAGAUUUUUCCCACGGGUGACCUGGAAAGGAACAAAAGGAGAUAGUUUUUGGGUCUUGGUAGCAUGGAGAUUCGCUGGGGAUAAUAAACACACGUUUGAGCUUUUCAGGUUUUCUUUUUCUGCCUCUAUCACACUAUUCAGACCUCUGCAUCCUUCCAUUUGUACUUCUGCAAUGCCUGCUCCCCUCCCCACCCUCCCCACCAAGACGCAUCCUCUUUCACCUGCAGCCCAAGAAUCCAAGGCAGGUUCACCUAGAGAACCCAGCCCAUGACAGUAACCUACCACUUCUGUGGGCUAAACCACCCACAGACAGCCGUCUAUACCCCUAGGGGACUAUUAGGCUGAAGGAGUCAGUGUUUUUUAAUCUUUUAUUUUGGUACUGGGGAUUGAACCCAAGGGCACUCAACCACUGAGCUGCAUCCUCAGCCCUUUUUGUUUUUUGCAUUUUAUUUAGAGAGGGU